UACAUAUGUGUGUGUGUGUUUCCAGAUACUUGUUUCUAACUGGAGUGAAUCAUGCCUCCAUUUCUCUCCCUGUGCUGACGACCGUUCUCGAUCGAAUCAAGAACACAGUAACGGCCUGCUGCUCAUCUGCUGACAUCACAACGUGUUUAACAGAGAAGGAGAGUAAAUUGAAAAUGACUCAGGCACUUCUGUCCAAGUUGGAUGACACUUGUUCGCGGUACUUCAGACUGGACCUGCCUGCGUUCAAAACUCGGAUGCAGAAGGAGGUGCAGGGAGAGGGAGGAGAGAAGCGGACACAAGCAUGGCUGGACUUGGCCAUAUCCUGCUGUUCUCAGCGCUCCCCGGCACAACUCUGUCAAAAGCUGACAGAGGAUGUUAUUAAAUAUGACGACGACACUGUUUAAAGACUCUUUUGUGCGCCAGCAAUUAUAUUGGAUGAAGAGAUCUUCUAAAUUCCCUCUCUAAUGGAAAAUAUCAUCCCUCUCACCAUCUGAGAUGUUUUAUUCUCUUUAAAUAAACUUUCCACUUGCUUCAAAGA